CACGUUCCGCGCAUUCCCUGAUCUCGCCUCGCUUCGUGUCACCCCGAUCGAAACUCGACCACCACCGCGAUUUCGAUCCGGAGUGGAGGAUCUCGUCGUCGCCUCCGCUCGAGUCGCAUUCUAACUGUCCCACUUCGCCGUCGGCACGACAUUCAACGACUCCGCGAUCGAGCCUAGUUCUCAGUGCUCGUGGGAUUGCUCCAAAUGCGAGAGGGAUGAUUUUGCGAAACGUCCGCCGAAUCUCGCACGCGUGUCGUGGGGAGCGAAUGCUGAACUAGAGAGAGGAUUCCGCGGGGAUAGAGAGACAAAAAGACGUCGUCGUCGUUCACGGGACAGAAGCCGGAUGGAGCUCCUGAUGCGUCUGAAAUGACAUUUCGUACAACGUGAGAGUGCAAAUCUUAACGAGACUAUAAAUCGACGAUAGUAGUUUUGAACAACGUGCGACCAAGAUCGAGGGAUUCUUCUCGAUCGAAGCGACGAUGAAGGAUCUGCAGAGCGACGCGCUGUUUCCCGUCAUCACUGUCCCUCGCAGGCGAUUCUAUCGUAAUAAUCUGAUAACGACUUAGACUCUGUUGACGAUAACGGCGAACUGUUGCCGGCUAAUAUCGAGUGCUCCAGUGGCUGUUGCUCGCGAUUUCGAAAAGGCGGGACAAGAUGGACAGCGGCUUGGAACAGAGUCAAGCAACCCUGCACCGGAUGGAUGGCGACGGCGGCGGCCGUGGUACGACAACGGUAGGACGACGGUAGGACGUUACCGCUUGCGGCUGCAGCUGCGGCGUCACCGGUCGCUGCACCUGCAGCUGCGGCGGCAGCGACGGCGACGACGACGGCGACGACGAUUUAAUCAGCAGACAGCGGGACGAUGCAGAACGCCGGUGACUACUACCAAAGGGCGCCGAGAUGCUGUCCAGGCAGAAGCGGCAACAGCAGCAGCAGCAACAACAACAACAACAACGCGGGUACCGGAGUGCGCGGAGCCGAGCUGCUCUGUUGCUGCUGCAGUUGCAGCACCGCCACGUCCACGAAAACUCCGGGGUUGCUGAUGAGCCUUGCCGUGUGCGUGCUUGUUCUCGGCUACACUCUGCUCGGUGCGUUCGUUUUCAUGGCCCUCGAGGGAGGUCUCAAAUCGGAUUCGUCUACCGAGGUCGUGUCCUCAAAACCCGAUGGGAGCACCUAUAUGUUGCCGAGCCUGGAGGACGAUUCCGUCACCAUGGAGUUGAGGGCACGCACGGUCGAGAAACUCUGGAGCAUCACUGAGGAUCUGAAUGUCCUUUACAAAGAGAAUUGGACUCGCCUGGCGGCGCGGGAAGUCCUAGAGUUCCAAGAGAACCUGGCCCGUGGCCUCAGACGCACUUCAUCGCCCUACGAACAGGUGCCUCCGCGGUCACGAGAGCAUCACGCGGACAGGCGUCUGCACAGACGACGAUGGAGCUUCAGCGGUAGCCUGCUAUAUUCCUUGACACUGAUCACGACCAUAGGAUACGGUAGCGUGGCGCCACGCACGUUGUGGGGUCGACUGAUCACCAUAGUCUACGCCCUAUUGGGAAUUCCGCUGAUGUUAAUCUACCUCAGCACGGUGGGCGACGUACUCGCUCGUAGCUUCCGUCGUCUGUACGGACGCAUGGUCCGGCGACCGCGCAACUGCACACGGAAGCAACAACCACCGCCGCCGCCGCCACCGGUCGGCGGUAUAAUGAGCAAAGCGUAUCGUUAUGAUAACCACGUGGAGACUAAGGGAAGCGGCAACUACUACUCAGCGAGCAGGGAGAGUUCCUGCGACGACUUGGGCAUUCGCGGCGCCGGGAGCGCGAUCCUGCUCGACUGCGGCAAUGAAGGCCUUCUGCACGCUACCACCAGCUCGACGGCUGCACUUCAGGAUGUCACAACGGGGAAUGGCAAGCGGCAUUUUCAUCCGUGCUCGUUGUCUUUAUCGUCGACCUCGUCGCCGGCCUACAUACUAGAAACCAACCCGGUCAGGAUACCGAUCAGCCUGUGCCUGAUAAUAAUGCUGAUGUACAUAUGUGGCGGCGCGGUCAUGUUCAACCGUUUGGAGGGCUGGAGCUUGUUGGAAGGCGGCUACUUUUGUUUCACCAGCCUUGGCACAAUUGGCUUCGGUGACUUGAUGCCAGUAGGACGCAACGCGCCCUCAACCACCUUGGAGGAGCUCAGCCUGUGUGCCUGCUCGCUCUACAUCCUCGCCGGAAUGGGCCUGAUCGCCAUGUGCUUCAACCUCGUGCAGGAGGAGGUGGUACGCGUGGUCAGGGUCUUCGGUAGAACCUGCGGCAUGUCGUCGGGCGUGGUGGUCGGACCUAUCGGUGGUACAGCAGUCGCCGCUCCAAGUCUCAAGGCUGACCUCGACGAUGGCGGCGGUACCAGCGACUCGCGGCUGUCCGAGCAGGAGGAGGAGGCGAUCGCCAUGUCAAUGGUGCCAGCCGGAUCCUGACAGCAUCAGGCCAGGAGCCCCGGCGACGGCAAGCU